ACUGCUGUGUGCGUACGAUUAAGGACAACUUAGGCUCAGCGAUGAACCGCUGCUCGAACUGAGUGUAUAUCACUAACACAUCGGAAACCAGAAUCCGGGAGGACGGGGUUCACAGGACAAGAUAUACAACAGUAGUAACAGCGGGUUUCAGGGGAAGUCUCAAACUCAGGCCGUGCGUCGUUAUACGGGGAGUUCGCCUGCGCAAUCUGCGCUCAGCAAAACAACAAUCAGUGUACAUACGCCCAGAGAGGACGAAAAACAACAGGUUGGAGACACUUGAUCAUUGCUGAUUGGCAUCUACUGCGAUGGAAAAUCGAGGCUACUCAGGUAACGAGAAUGAGUUGAGGAAGAGGGCUGAGUCUAAUGGCUCACUGAACACUCCCUCGGAGAGCCCGACGGUGGUGGAACAGUAUGUUGCCAUGAAGAAAGAAGUGGGUUUGGUGAGCGGAGUGGCCUUGAUUGCUGGUACCAUGAUAGGCUCUGGUAUUUUUAUUUCCCCUGUUGGAGUGCUAAACGCCACUGGAUCUGUGGGUUCUAGUCUCCUGGUCUGGGCGGGAUGUGGAAUCCUUGCCAUGUUUGGCGCACUGUGUUAUGCUGAACUGGGCACUAUGAUAACCAAAUCUGGCGGGGAGUUUGUAUACAUCGGCGAAGCACUGGGGACUAUUCCAGCGUUCCUCUUUGCCUGGACAUCUGUAAUCGUGAUACGUACUUCGUCCAUUGCCAUCAUAUGCCUCUCCUUCGCCCAGUACGUUGUCACUCCAUUGUUCGACGAGUGUGGUCCACCAACCAUCGUCAUUAAGUUAUUAGCUGCGGUGGCCAUAUUGACCAUCGCCAUAGUGAACUGUUACAGCGUGGUGUUAGCCGCCCGUGUCCAGGUGUUCUUCACGGUGCUGAAGAUUGCUGCUCUUGCCGUCAUCAUCAUCGGGGGGUUGGUCAUGAUUGGAAAAGGAAAUACUCAGUAUCUCCAAAAUGGGUUUGAAGGCUCGAAGACGAACCCUUCUGGGAUAGCCCUUGCAUUCUACGACGGCCUGUGGGCGUAUGAUGGAUGGAACAACUUGAACUACGCAGUGGAGGAACUGAAACAUCCCGAGAAGAAUCUGCCUCGUUCCAUUCUAAUCGGCCUUCCACUGGUGACGAUCUUGUACAUUCUCACCAACAUUUCCUACUUCAGCGUCAUGUCAAAGGCCGACAUGCUGGCCUCCUCUGCUGUGGCUGUGACCUGGGGAGAACGCGUCUUGGGCAGUGUGGCCGUCGUCAUUCCGUUUGCUGUAGCCUGCUCCACGUUCGGCGCUGCCAAUGGCACCUGCUUUACCGGAGGAAGGCUGUGUUAUGUGGCUGCCAGAGAAGGACAUCUGCCAGGUCUACUGUCGUUUGUACAUGUCAAGAAGUUGACGCCUAUUCCCUCUCUUGUCUUCACGACUAUCAUUUCCGUACUGAUGAUAAUCCCCGGUGACAUCUCCAGCCUAAUAGACUUCUUCAGCUUCACAGCCUGGUUGUUUUACGGCGCUACCGUUCUCUCACUCAUAAUAAUGAGAUUUCACCCCAGGACAAAGGACUGGGAUCGUCCUUAUAAGGUUCCACUGCCGAUUCCCAUCAUUGUAUUCUUAGCGUCUAUAUACCUGGUUAUCGCUCCCAUCGUGGACAGCCCAAAGAUAGAGUUUCUCUACGCCGCCUUGUUUGUCGUUGGAGGACUGAUCUUCUACUUCCCAUUCGUCUUCUUCAAACUCCGCCUCAAGUGUAUGGAGAAGGUAACGAUGGCAGUACAGUUGUAUAUGGAGGUGGCACCCAGCAAGUACGAACCGUCCUCCUGAAUUGCUGUAGAGGAAUGGUACGCCGAGAGAUAUGCCCCCUGUUUUCUGUGACAUAUGCAGCGGUAGAAGGAGAAAUGCUAUUACGGAAGGAAAAAUCUCACCCGUAUUUCAUAGGCAAAUGAGAGUAAACCUUCAAUUUUAUGGUUAAUUUUGUUUGUGCAAUUUGCAGAUUGAUUUCAUUUGCAGCAAUUGUAACAUGAAUCUAUCGCUGAGGGAGACUCUGCCACACAUGAAUGUAUUUCCCUUAAAAUGAUAUUUUGCUUUUGCAAUUUAAUACCCAUUCAGCCUUCUUCGUAAUUUAGAAGACAGUAUUUUUUUAUUUAUUUGAUUGAUGUUUUUCCAUACUCAAGAAUAUUUCACUUAUUCGAGGGAAACCCACGACCAUCCGCAGGUUGCUGCAGACCUUCCCACUUACGGAGACUAGAAAACAGUAUGCAGGGCUUAUUUCGUUUUGUUAUUUUCAGCUACGCAUCUGUACGCUCCUGUCCUGUGUUGAUAUUAUCUUUGCAUUAAAAUACCAUAAAUCCUCGUCAAUAUUUUGGAUUGCAUUUUUACCAGAAGAAACACAAGUGAGACUUUUAUUUCAUACAUUCUGUAAAUAUUGUAUAUAGAUGUAGGUAGACCUAGUUUUAGUGCAUUCACCCUCCUUCCCCCCCCCCCCACACAUUUUUUUUGAGGGGGGGAGGGGCAUAUACUGUGCAAUUUGUAUAAAGCUUUUCAGAAGCGUACAAUAAUCAUCAAAUUAACUACGUAAUACAUAAGUGGACAACUUUAAUUCAUGCAGAAAUUGCUGUAUCCACGGAGAAUUUGAAAAUGACUCUAAAUUCGCGUAAGAUUUAAAUUACUUGUAUGUCUUAUUUGAGCAAGGAAAGUGCUAUCACAACGUCACGAAGCCUUUCCAGAAGAAGCAUCUUGCAUACUACGACCGUGACCAAAUUCUGCAGGUGAUAUCUACUGACAAAGCGAAGUGUAUUUUCUAUAUCUUCUGCAGCCUAUAUAUGUUGAAUGAGUUGUAACCAGGAGCAAUAAUAAGGCCAAAUUAUCGUAAUGUAAGUAACGCCCCCGAUAAGUUGUAACUUCCUCGCUUGGCGUUUAGCAUGAAGGGGAUAGUGCAGCGACUGGUUGACCCUUAUCAGUAUAAUUGUGUUGGGCUUGGCGGCUUACUUGCCUUCGGAAUGCCGUCUCAGUGAAGCAACACUAGAUAAAAGAGCGGUGGAAAUCCGUCCUGCAACAAGGAGGCACAUCACAUGAACUCUAAGGAUUCCUUCAUCGUCACAUGAGGAUUUAAAAUUGUUAAGUACGACGUUAAACCCCAAGCACGCACUCGCUCACUCGUAAUGUAAGCAUGUCUGCAAUCGUCUCAAGAAGUAAAAAGGGCUUUCCACUCAUCUGCAACCAACUUACAAAUGUGUUCUUACGUGUUCCUUCCGUGGCAAAUUUCUUUGGAAAUGGUGUUUCCGUUUGGAACUGCAGUCAAUGAAGUUUGGCUUCCUUUUGGAAGGAAUCAGUUGUAUCUCAAAUUUUAUAAGCGAAUUCCAGUACGUAUAUUAUAAAGGAAGUAGUUGAUUAAACGUUGUAUACAAAUGAGAUAAGUAUUUAAUAUUUCAAUAAAAGUGUUUCAAUCAGAUUAUAUGCUAUCCAUAUUUGCAAAUGUCAUAUUUAUGUACAUAUACUGUUAUAUUGCUCUAUAGGCCCAUACGGCUACUGACACUCUGAAGUUCUUGUUAAUAAUCCAUCAUGAUGUCAUACCCCAUUGACAGUUUGUAAUGAAAAAGAGAAUAUUUAUGUAAGAGAAUCA